AUGGUUCCAGCGGAUCCACCGAAACCAGAUCGUACGCAAGACGCAGGACCCCGCCGCGAGCUGGUGGUAUCAUCCGACGAUCCUGAGAUGAAGAACUCGGAGCCAAACGUCGGCUCCUCGACAAACGAGCAUGUCACCGCGGAGAUUACCAAGGAGUGCACCAACUCGGGCGUGGUCGAAGAGAGCGGGCGAGAAAGGCUGAAGCGGCACAGGACCGAGAUGGCCGGCCGGGUCUGGAUACCGGAGAUAUGGGGCCAGGAAAGCCUGCUCAAGGAUUGGAUUGAUAGCUCGGUCUUCGACCGGCCGCUCGUCCCCAAGGGCUUGGUGUCAGCCAGGGAAGCUUUGGUCGAGGAGUGCCGUCGGACGAGCUCAGGCUCGCGGAGGAUAAAGAAUCCAUGCUAA